AUGGGUAUCCCAUCCAAGGCGUCAAAUGGGUCUGAAGAGGAGGCCUCGGCACCUGGUGCUCCUACCAGUGCCGGCAGCGCAGUUGCUACCAGCAGCGGCAGUCGCAGUAAUCUGGGGCGUAUGGACAGCACGACUGCAGCAAGCGGCAGCUGCAGCAGCACCAGUCCCACGCGAGACAGCAGCGGAUUCCCCCCUAGAGGCACCAGCAGCAGGAGUGCUACCAGUAGCAGCAGGCAGAGGGGCGGCAGGGGGGCUGUAUUGCUGCAGCAGCUAGCCGAUGGCAGCAAGACAGAGAUAGAAGUAACGGGAGAGAUCAACAGUGAGUUGCUGCAGAGGCAGCAGCAACCAACGCCUAUUCUUCGCCUAGCUGUGCAUCCACGAACUGGAGCUGUCUCGCGAAGCCAGCAUCCCGAAGGCCUUGUAUCCCAGCCUUCUUUCAAUGUUGCACUUCCUGCGCGGCUGCAUUUGGGCAGUGGCAGUGGCGGCAGCGGCGGCAGCAACACAGUGUCUGUGCAGCACGAGGGGUUCUACGAGGAGAUCGACAGCGCGGAGAACGGGAACCUGCGGUGGGGAAGAAAGAAAGCAAAUGACGGCAGUUGGGUCGAAAAGUGGGCUGUCCAGACAGUCCCUCAGCAAGAGCCGCAGGCCAGGGUGUUGGAGUUUGGGCAAAGCCAAGGUCGAAACUACAGAACCAAUGAGCGGUGGGUUUCCCGGUGGGAAGACACAGCACGGGAGCGCCGAGUGGAGAAGGUUGUGCAGGAGUUACGGCCUCAGCACAAGGACGAGGAGCAAGAAGGGGAACAGGAGCGCGAGCAGGCUAUCUUGCAGGUGUGGGAGGAGGAGGAGACGGAGGACAGGCUGACGGGUAUCAUUAGGAUAAACAAGCGAGGAACGGACAAUCAGAGAGGGGAGGGCAGGCACUGGAAUCUUCGUGUGCUGAGAAGGAAGCCUUUGGUCGCGGGAGAGACUGAGGAGGUUGAAGGCGCUUCAGCGCAGGCAGUAGAAGAGCUGCUCGCAGCGGCAGCAGCCACGCCUGCCGCGGCAGCAGCAGAUGGUCUUUCUCCAGGCCAGGAGCUGGAACUGUUUGAAGAGACACGGGGGUCUGAAACUCGGGGACGGUUGCAGCGCAGAGAGGCAGACGGCCGAGUACUCUACCGGGCGCUCUGGAGAGAGACAGCAGGGGGUCAAGAGGCUUGGAGCGAAGAAACAACAUUUCACAGCGACGGGAGCAAGACCGGCACCAAGAAAGGAACAGACCCUAGGCCUGUGGGAGGCGUUCGGUGCACACAGCCGUGCGCUCCGUCCAGGCAGCCACCUGUAGAACAGAUAAGAGGGUUGCAUGAGCUUUUAGGCCAGGCAGGAGGGAAGGCGGACAGUGGGGAGGGCGAAUUACGCGGAGUUGCGACAGAGGUCAAUGCGUGGGGUGGGGGUGGGGUGCGACAGGCAGGUAAGGGCAAAGGAAUUUCAGCGAAGGCUUUUGGAGUGUGCUGUGUGUAUUGCAGCGGAACGUCUUGGGAAGAAGAGUGGCAGGAACAACCUGAUGCGACACGAGAUUCCGUUCGACGGAGGCGGACGGAAAACAGUCGCAUGGAGGAGCGCAGGGGCGUUAGAAGGUCUCACCCCGAUAACCAACUCGAGGAGUAUUGCACCACGGUGCAAGUGACUGUGAAAGAGGGCUGCGCCGUGGAGUGUACAGACACUUGGGUCCGGCCCGCUGAGGGUGGGCCUGGUAAAGCACGGGGCAGCCAACGCAAAGAGACGCAGAUAUUUUCAGAUGGCAAGGUCGUUUCUGUCGAGGUCGCCAAUGAAGAGUGGGAAGACACCGGCGAUGAAUUUUCGGCGGACUUGUGGGUGGAGGAGACCCUCGUGAAGCACCAAGGAGGUGAUGCAUUCAUCACAAGCAAGAACCUCUGGGGACGAAAGAAGGGCAGCCGACGGAAAGACGGGAUGCAAUGGGGCGAGCAGUGGGAGGAAACGCAAGAAAUACCGGAGACAGAGACGGAGGAGCCGGAGGCGGGGCAACAAAGAGUCAAUUUGCACAUCCUUCUGCCAGGAGGCGAGGUGACCUCCCGUGAGGUUGUUGUACUGCAAACACAGCCGCUACGUCGAAGAAGGCGGUUUGACGACAAGUGGUGGCGCGAAGCGCAUGGGAACUCUUGGGGAACGAAAGAGGGGGUAGAGGACAGCGGCGCGGUGCUGCGGGAGAACUGGUACGACAACGGCGGCGAGAAGCAAGUUGACAGAUGGAAGGAAAUGCCUGAUGGCUCGAAAAAAGGCGAGAAGUUCGGGAGCAAGGUGGAUGGCACACAGUGGCGGGAGUCGUGGGGAUGCGGGCCAGGAGGCAGCGAUAGCUGGGUGGACAAGAGCUGGGAGGAACCGGACAGAGAACGGGAAGGGGGUGCAGUGCGCUGGGGCUUUAGCAGCGGCAGCAGUACUGCCGAAAGCAAGGAGUGGCAGCAGCAGUGGCGGGAGCGAGAGCAUUGGUUUUGUGGGGAGAAGUUUAUUGAGAAGGUCGAGCGGCACGCGAACGGAGAUGAACAGACUCUCAAAGAAGGAGAUGCGUGGGAAGAACGCUGGCGUGAAACGUUUGAUGGAGAUCAGAAGACGGAAACUUGGGCAGAGAAAAAGGGAAGCAAUGCUCAGGGAGAGAGCUGGCUGGAAACAUGGCAGGAGCGGUGGGGGUGGAAGACAGCUCACAAGGAGGCGACAUCGGCGUCCGGCGCUCGUCGUGUGGAGCGGUGGGGAGAGCAAUUUUUCGACGAUGGCAGCGGUCAGAAGUGGGCGCAGCACUGGCAGGAGGGGCCCCCUUCAUCUCCAGGUGGAUCCUCUCCCGGAAGCACUGGAAAGAGCUGGGGAGACCGAUGGGGCCCAGGUGGACUCGGAGGCCACAGGUGGGGCGAGGAGUGGGGGGACGGGGGAUGCCGAAAGUGGGCGCAUGACACACCUGGAAGGCCUGAAGGAUGCUGA